GGGGGGGCGAAAGGAUAGGGCAAAGGACAAAAACAGUCUAGGAUUUGAAUGUGAUUCCUUUGGUUUUUUCUUAGUCCUGCUCUACUUUCUCUUCUAUUUAUAUGGAGAAGAACCAUCGAGUAAAGAGGGCAGAUUUGCAUGGUCAUUUACUGUUAGUAAUAAGUAGCCUUUGUAAGAAAUCCCAUUUGGGGUUUGGCUUCAAAAAGAGAGGACUGAUAAUGAACAUAUCAGCUUCUCAAUAUAGUGGUAGUGGGUGCGAAUCUGGUUGGACAUCAUACUUGUACCAAUCCUCUAUUUCAAAAAAUCAAUACCAGGGUUUCGGUGGAUUUGUUGAUGGGGAUUUUGCAAGAGUAGAGGAUGAACAAGAGGAGGAUUUGUCUAUGGUUUCUGAUGCAUCCUCUGGACCUCCUUAUUACUGUGAAGAUGACGAAUUCUGCUGUGAUAAACUAGCCAAGAAGAGCAAAAACAAAAAGAAGAGCAGAGAACAUGGUAGAAGCCAACAGUAUUCAUAUCUUGAUGACACUGCUAGCUCUCCUGCAUUGAGCAAGGCAAGUUGUUCAAAAGAAAUUAUAUAUAAUUUUCAUCUCUCACUUAUUAAUUUUGAAACACAUUCUUAUAUAUUUAGACAUGGCUUCUUGAUAUUCAUGCAGAAAGUGAAUAAUGAAUGUUCAACAGAGCAUGUCCCUGAAUUCUCCCAAGGUUUUUCUGCUACACAUUUUAAGGGGAAAUCUUCACUCAAGAAGCACCUUGGAUUCUUUAAAUCCUCGCAUGCUGAGAAGGCAGCUUCAAAAGAACCAGGUGGUUUUCAGGCAAGAAAAUGGAAUGACAAAUUGUAAUGAUGGGCAUCUUUUGUAUCUGCCAAUGCAGUUACUCUAGACUCCGGAGAGAGAAUUGGAAGAAGGGUGAAAGAAAAAAAGGUCAUUGGAUCUCAAAUGGAUUUUGUUCCUUUGUUUUUGUCCAAUUCUACUCCUUUUUACUAUUUGCUCCUGUCAAUGCAGUGGGAAACAAUAUUAGAACAUAAAAAAAUAAAUUAGUUAUCUGUCUUUAAGACACUUUUUCUUGUUCUUCUUUUGUCACUAUUGUAGUGAUCACAUAAGGAAACUAAUAGGUCUCCUGUGCAGUCUUGCCUCUGGCCUCCUGUACUUUUACGAAUGCAGAAUCAAAUUCAUCAGCUUGCUGAGAGGAAUUUAACAUAA